CCAGACAAGAAGUUAGUCAGCAAGAAAACACACAAACCUACAGGUUUCCUCACUAUUACCAUACGCAGUCUACAUGCAAACUUUCUAAAGGAAUAUCCACAUGUACACCUUGCUUCAAUGCAUUCAAAGAGAGUGUGACAAAUGUGGAGUGGAAAAUAUCACCGAGUGCCUGGGAAACCUGACUUCAUGCACAAAACAAACAACACCACUGAAGUGGAAAAAAUGGAUAAGACAUACCAAAAUUGACGAUGGCAAGAAAACAUCCAAAAUGGCCUUGGACACCAAAGAUGGAACACUGGAAGAGUUGAUAUCAGAGCUCCAAGAAGAAGCCACGACAAUAUCUCAACAUCUUUUCACAGCAGCAUGGCAAAGUAAUCAAUUUACAACGCUAACAAGUGCUCCACCUGCAGGUUGGGUGAUAAUGGUCUUGGACUUUGCAGAGAACUAUGCAUGUCGUUAUCAGGACGAAAUUCAGAGCGUGCACUGGGGGCAUGAUUCUGCAACACUGCGUCCUAUUGUAGCAUACUAUCAGUGUCCAAAGUGCCAGCAACCAACAACAGUCUCCAUGAUAAUGAUCACAGAAGACAACAAUCAUGACCACCAUGCAGUGCACUCCUUUACAGAUGUUGCGGUUGAGUACUUAAAGACAAAGUUAGCACCUGGGUACAUCAAGAAGGUGGUAAGAUUCUCUGACGGCUGCCAAAACCAAUACAAAUCCAGAAACCCCUUUAUGGAUUUCUCCUUUGGUUCGUCUGAUUAUGAUGUAGAAUUUCAGCACAAGUUCUUUGGGUCGAGACAUGGAAAAGGCCCUAGUGACGGCGAGAGCGGUGUCAUAAAGCGUCAAGCUUCAGAUGCAGUGAUGUCUGGGAGUGCAGUAAUUGGUACUGCAUCUGAUUUGUACAAAUUUGUCAGAAAUAAUGCCACCCAUCCAGAUGAUCCCGAUAAAUGCCAACACUUCCAACGAUCUGCCUUUUGGAUCAGUGACAUAAGCAGGAACAGAAACCGCCAAGUGACCAAGACAGUUGCCGGGACACGACAGUUCCACAGCGUGCUUUCAGUUAGGCCAAAAGUAAUUGCUGUUCGUCGACUGUCAUGCUUUUGUCAUGCCUGUAUAGAAGAGAAAGGAGCCAAAUGCUGUAACUCAAGCUAUGUACAGCGGUAUGUGCAUACUUCCCUGGAAGCAGGAGUAAAAGCCAAGCAACCAGCUCAAGAAUCAUCAGAAGUAUCCCUUGUAGUAGAGCCAUUGGCAGAGGUUUCUCACACAAUGUCUUCAGCCAAGGGCUCAUCUUCAGCAGAUUCUCUAGUGGUCACAGUUGAUGAAAGGGUGUACAAAGUUGGUGAAUACGUAGCGGUCAUAUUUGAUGAUGCUUGGUGGGCAGGGGAAGUGACUAAUGUCUCUGAUGAAAUGUGCUUGGUCAACUUUCUAACGAGGAAGGGGGAAAACCACUUUGCUUGGCCAUCACAGAAAGAUGAUGCGUGGAUUCAAAAGAAGGGCAUUUUUAAACAAUUGCCAUCUCCACCAACACCAGUUACAAGUCGCUACCUUGGAUUUGAUCCUGGAGUAUUUAAAGAUGUAACGUCUGCUGUUUCUAGGUACCUGCAAGAAAACGAACAUUAGAUAAAUUGCCCACUAGUUUUGUUCAGAGUGAUCAGUGUUUUGUCGUUAUUAAUGUUGAUGAACUUUUGGUCAUGGAUUGCUCACCUCAGAUUGUUAUUCAGUAAGUAAUUCUGCCUCAAUUUUGGAUGUGAUUUUUUACCCAUACUCGUGAAGAAUAGUUAAUUAUACAAAUAUGGUUCAGAGUGGUAUGGGAGGAAUAUUGUCUUAAGG